AUGUCUCCAAAGAAAGUAUUACUAGCGCUCACUUCAUAUAACGAUGUCUUCUAUAGCGACGGCUCCAAGACCGGUGUCUUCGCAGUGGAAGCUUUGCAUCCUUUCAAUACUUUCAAGAAAGAAGGUUUUGAAGUUGACUUUGUAUCUGAAACUGGCAAGUUUGGUUGGGAUGAACAUUCCUUGGCUAAGGAGGCCCUAGACGGCCAAGAUAAGAUUGAUUUCGAAAAUAAGAGUUCCGAUUUCAAUAAGGCACUGGCCAAAAUCAAGACUCCAAAGGAGGUCAAUGCAGAUGACUACCAGAUAUUCUUUGCAUCUGCCGGCCACGGCACUUUGUUCGAUUACCCAAAGGCCAAAGACCUGCAAGAUAUUGCAUCCGAUAUCUACGCUAACGGAGGUGUUGUUGCAGCUGUUUGCCACGGUCCUGCUAUUUUUGAUGGCUUAACAAAUAAAAGUACAGGUAAGCCAUUGAUUGAGGGUAAAUCAAUAACCGGUUUCACCGAUGUGGGUGAAACCGUUUUGGGCUUGGACAGUAUUUUAAAGGCUAAGGGCUUGGCGACAGUUGAAGAUAUUGCUAAGAAGUAUGGUGCGAAGUAUUUGGCUCCGGUUGGUCCUUGGGAUGAUUACUCUAUUACUGACGGAAAACUGGUCACUGGUGUCAACCCGGCCUCUGCACAUUCCACUGCUGUUAGAUCCAUCAAGGCUUUGGAAAAUUAG